UAGAUCUAGCCCGUGAGGUUGGCAACAGUAUUCGGGAUAGUUGUUUUGUUGGAGAAAUUCCCUUGUGGGCUUCCAGAGUGUUUGCUGUUGAUUUCCUGGAUCCGAUCAGUCUUAGAAUCGUUUGAAUUCUGGAAAUGGUGCGCGCGAUUUAGCAACGGCAAUCGAAAUGAGUCAUGCGCUGCGUCGACGCCGUUUGUUAUUCUGUUGCAGCCAUGUUCGCAUCCUAAAUUAAUCGGAUAGGAAGCAGACAGGCCCAUAAUACCCGUUUGUUGUUGUUCGUGAGUGAGUGAAACCGAUCCCGGCACAAUGCCCGGGAACACGGGAAUGGAGCAACUGAUCCCCAUCGUCAACAAGCUGCAAGACGCCUUCACGCAGCUGGGGGUGCAUAUGACUUUGGACCUGCCUCAGAUCGCUGUAGUGGGCGGACAAUCGGCAGGCAAAAGUUCCGUUUUGGAGAACUUCGUCGGAAAGGACUUCCUGCCUAGGGGCUCGGGCAUUGUCACCAGACGCCCCCUAAUCCUCCAGCUGAUUCAUGGAAAUGCUGAGUAUGGCGAAUUUCUGCACUGUAAAGGGAAAAAGUUCGUCGACUUUGACGAGAUCCGCCGCGAAAUCGAAGGAGAAACUGAUCGGGUCACCGGAGGCAACAAGGGCAUCUCCAACAUCCCCAUCAACCUACGAGUCUACUCCCCUAAUGUGCUCAAUCUCACCCUCAUCGAUCUGCCGGGACUCACGAAGGUCCCCAUCGGGGACCAGCCCAUUGACAUCGAGCAACAGAUCCGGAACAUGAUUAACCAGUUCAUUAAGCGCGAUUCCUGCCUUAUUCUGGCCGUCACUCCUGCGAACACCGAUCUGGCCAACUCCGACGCCCUUAAACUGGCUAAGGAGGUCGACCCACAAGGCAUUCGCACUAUCGGCGUAAUCACCAAACUGGACCUGAUGGACGAGGGCACGGACGCCCGCGAUAUCCUGGAAAACAAGCUGCUACCGCUUAGACGGGGCUACAUCGGGGUGGUGAACCGGUCGCAGAAGGACAUCGAAGGCCGCAAGGACAUCAACGCGGCCCUAGCCGCCGAGCGCAAGUUCUUCCUGAGCCACCCGUCGUAUCGGCAUUUAGCCGACCGCUUGGGAACGCCGUUUCUGCAGCGGGUUCUGAACCAGCAGCUCACCAAUCACAUCAGGGACACCCUGCCCGGGCUGCGAGACAAACUGCAGAAGCAGCUGCUCACUCUGGAGAAAGACGUCGACCAGUUUAAACACUUCCGGCCGGAUGAUCCUGCUAUCAAAACGAAAGCCAUGCUUCAGAUGAUCCAGCAACUGCAGACGGACUUUGAGCGCACCAUCGAAGGCUCGGGCUCGGCCCAGAUCAACACCAUGGAGCUGUCGGGCGGCGCCAAGAUAAACCGGCUGUUCCACGAGCGGUUCCCCUUUGAAAUCGUCAAGAUGGAGUUCGACGAGAAGGAGCUGAGGCGUGAGAUCGCCUUUGCCAUCCGGAACAUUCACGGAAUCAGGGUUGGGCUGUUCACCCCCGAUAUGGCCUUCGAGGCCAUUGUCAAGAAGCAAAUCACGCGGCUGAAGGAGCCGUCACUCAAAUGCGUCGAUCUCGUGGUCACUGAGCUGUCCAAUGUCGUUCGCAUCUGCACCGAUAGGAUGACCCGCUAUCCUCGACUGCGCGAAGAAGUGGAACGCAUAAUCACGACCCAGAUUCGCCAAAAGGAGCAAUUCUGCAAGGAGCAGAUCUGUCUAUUGAACGACUGCGAGCUGGCCUACAUGAACACGAACCACGAGGAUUUCAUCGGCUUUGCAAAUAGCUUGAAUUUCAGCGCACAGAAUCAAUCGGAAGCGGCGGCCGCCAAAGGUUCGCGGGGCACCUUGGGCAACCAGGUGAUCCGCAAGGGGUACAUGUGCAUCCACAAUCUGGGUAUUAUGAAAGGGGGCUCGCGCGACUACUGGUUCGUGCUCACAUCGGAGAACAUCUCCUGGUUCAAGGACGAGGAGGAGCGCGAAAAGAAGUACAUGCUGCCGCUGGACGGACUCAAACUGCGCGAUAUUGAGCAGGGCUUCAUGUCCCGAAGGCACAUGUUUGCGCUGUUCAAUCCGGAUGGCAGGAACGUAUACAAGGACUACAAGCAGCUGGAGCUAAGCUGCGAAACCCUGGACGAAGUGGAUUCGUGGAAGGCGUCCUUCUUGCGUGCCGGCGUUUAUCCGGAGAAGCAAACCGAUCAGCUCAACGGCGAAGAGGGCAAAAGGACCGUCAACGAUGGCGCGUCCAGUUCGAUGGACCCCCAGCUGGAGCGCCAGGUGGAGACCAUCCGCAACCUGGUGGACAGCUACAUGCGAAUCGUGACCAAGACAACGAGGGACCUGAUCCCGAAAACUAUCAUGCACAUGAUCAUCAAUAACUGCAAGGAUUUCAUCAACGGCGAACUGCUGGCGCACAUCUACGCCAGCGGUGAUCAGUCCCAGCUAAUGGAGGAGGCGCCCGAAGAAGCCCAAAAGCGAGAGGAUAUGAUGCGCAUGUACCACGCGUGCAAAGAGGCCCUGCGAAUCAUCGGGGACGUGUCAAUGGCCACGGUCUCCACCCCAGUUCCUCCGCCAGUAAAGAACGACUGGCUGGCCAGCGGCAUGGACAACCCGCGACUGUCACCACCCAGCCCCGGUGGCCCGCGUAAGCCGACGCCCCAGAUGGGCACCAUGGGGUCCAGCGGAUCGUUGGGCUCUAGAUCGGUGUCAGUUCCCCUAGCCAGCGGCACCGGUCGCCCAGCGCCCGCUAUCCCCAACCGACCUGGCGGCGGGGCUCCGCCCAUGCCUCCAGGCCGCCCACAGGGCCAGGCUUUGCCCGCCCCACUGAUUCCCACGAGGCGUUAAACAACGCAACAACAGAGGAGCGGCAUUUACUUUAGUUUUUUUAUUUUUUCAUUUUAAUAGUCGCCUUUAAAUAUGUAAAAAGUAACUAGCGAUUGCCGCUCUUCGAGUUCAUUUUGGGGGGCAAAAGGGCCCAACUGAAGGGUUGAUUAUGGUGAGUCUUUCGGGGUUUAGGCCGUCGUGAAUUGGAAUUUCUUCCCGAUUAUUAUAUUUUUUUCUUUCUUGGGUUCUUUCCUACAUUUGCAAAUGUAGACAAUAAUUCAAACAAAUGUGAGGUUUCAAGACAGCCAAGACCUAAAAGAAUCUAAUAUUUCCCAAUUAUGAGUUUAUAUGAAUUUCAAAUCUGAUGUUGGCGCUGUUAUCUCGCCGAAACGAUAUACAAAUUUUUGUUUCACACUUUGACUGCAGCCCAGGAAGGAAAAGAAUAUAAUAACAAUUACACGCAGUCAGGAAAAUAAAUCAAAAUUUCUUUCCGAUGUUUCGCAAGCACAACUGCUGCGGCUGGUGUGGGCGAAUCGUCAGAAAGGAAUUCUAAUUCACACGAAACACUCACCAGUUUCAACCACUCAAAUGUUUGUUAGUUGGUGGUGGUGGUGGUGGUUUGAAGCAUGCUGAAUUGGAGAAAAUCAUUUUUGGUGCAUGAGUAUAAGGGUGCAGCAUAAAAUAGUGGCUUGCGCCCCUUUGCCCCCAU